AUGAGGAAGUAUGGAGUCCAUCAUCGAGUUGCAACUCCAUACCAUCCUCAGACGAAUGGCCAAAUAGAAAUAUCCAAUCGAGAGGUUAAUAGUAUCAUUGAGAAAACCGCCAACCCAAAAAGGAAGGAUUGGAGCACACGCCUCGACGAUGCUCUUUCGGCUUACAUGACCGAUUUCAAAACUCCCAUUGCGACGAUGCCCUUCAAGUUUGUCUAUGGAAAGGCGUGCCAUUUACCAGUAAAGGUCGAGCACAAUGCCUAUUGGGCGGUUAAACAAUGCAAUAUGAGUUUAGCCCAAGCUGGUGAAGAAAGGCUUCUGGAACUGUAA